UAUUAGAACCAUGGUAAGCGAGGCGAAAAAACAACUUCUCGCGCAAAACGUACAAUUACAGAUAAAGUUCGUCAUUUCACCUGAACAAAUAGAAACUUAUGGCGCAUUUUGCAGAGAAGUUUUGACAACAUAUGAAGGUAACUACGACAUUAUCGAAACACAAGCAGCCGUCGCUAUAGUUUUGACACUCAUCCUCACGCCAUGGAAAAGCCUUUCAACCGCUAUAAAUAUAUUUUUCUAGAGUCGUCGAUAGCACUCAAUCAUUUAUUGCCAGUAACAUGGGAACCCAACCAAGGAGGCACGAAACGUUGUCAAAUAUGUUCUACGACAGACGAAUACAAGUCGGUGACAGUUCUAUUUGACCAAGGAAUGAAAGGACACUACAACAAAAUAAUCAAAAUCGAGCGCAUUCAGAACGAGCACUGGUUCCAGCAGUAUAUCGUACAUAGAGACGAGUUUCGAAAACGAUUGAAGGCUGAUACAGAGCAGCGUUUAUAUCAUGGAUGUCCUGAAUCGGCAGCAGACUCUAUCAUCAACAAAUGUUUCAACCGCAGUUACGGUGGUGUGAAUGGUUUGGUAUAUGGUAAAGGCGUUUACUUUUCAUCAAAAGCAUCUUAUAGCAAUGGUUUUGCUGUUCCCAAUGAGAAUGGAGAGAAAUGUAUGUUUAUAGCCCGUGUUCUUAUCGGGUUAUCGGCAGAAGGUGAUUCAUCUAUGAUAACUCCGCCACCUGGUUAUGAUACAACGACUGAUGGAAGUCAUAUUUUUGUCACUUACCAUGAUGCACAAGCAUUCGCAGAAUAUCUGAUCACGUACAAAUAG